AUGCAACGAAAGACGCGUUUUGUCUGCGUAUCCGACACACAUGGGUAUACGCCAUCUGAAGCAGGCUUCAAGCUCCCAGCCGGGGAUGUCCUGAUUCAUGCAGGCGAUUUGACUAACAAUGGGAGCCUAAAAGAGCUCCGCAGGACAAUGGACUGGAUAUCCAAAGCCGACUUUGAAAUCAAGAUCAUAGUUGGUGGCAACCACGACGUCACAUUGGACCCAGCGUUCUAUAGCAAGCACGGACAAAGCUUUCACGGCCAGCAACUCGAAGAUCCACAGCAUUGCCUAGAACUUAUCAAGGAGUCCCCCUCGGUUGUUCUGCUUAACCACGAGCCCGCUCUAGUUUGUUUGACGCGAGCGGACGGACCAAAUACGGUAUUCAAAAUCUUCGGAUCCCCAUACUCGCAGUUCCAUGGAAACUGGGCGUUUGGAUACGAGCAAAGUAAUGCUGCUGAGCUUUGGAGCCAAAUACCACUCGAUACAGACAUCAUCGUUACGCAUACACCACCACAAUCUCACUGCGACCAGAAACCGGACGGCACGUUCGUUGGGUGUGAGGCGCUUCGCAGUGCAUUGAGCCUCAUCAGGCCGCAUUUAGUUGUUUGCGGUCAUGUGCAUGAGGGACGAGGGUGCGAACGCGUUCGCUGGCGAGGCGAACUUGCCAAUAUAGAGACCGACGCAGAAAUACAGACAAAUUUUAACUCAGUUUACCGCAUUACCCGAAGCACUCUGCCACCUGUGGGCAGCAAAAAACAGAGUCUGAUAGAUCUGACUGGCAAACGGAAUGAACGAUUAGACAAUGAGGGAUUUUCGCGCCCUGAUCAAAAACAGUCUGAUCUGCCAGUGACAGGACUGAUGGCCUCAGCCUCGGCAGGGCUAGAGUCACCCGCAGGGGCUUCUCAAAAGACAUGUCCACGAAAUUUCCCGAGCACCCAUCCGUCCCCGGGUGCGGGUAGCCCUGGCUUCGGUACCCGCGAUUUCCAUUUCGCCUCGCAAACGCUCAGAAAGGAGACCUGCAUUGUCAACGCCGCUGUUGUGGCCACUAGUUGGCCGCACCAGGGGGCAAACGAUUCAACUCGCCGAUUGUGGUGGAUCUUGAGCUUCCUGUGUGGCAGGACAGCCACGCGGUUGCGAGCGGGUGAUUUCCAAUGUGUCUGA